GAGGAGGACCCGAGUUCGUCCUUUGUGGCGGUACGAGUACGUGCCGUGCCGUUGUUUCGCCUGCAGAGUACCAGCGCACACCGCACUGGAUAUACCAGUCACAGUCCGCGCGCCAGUCGAUCGCCGCGUUUGCUCACGGAAGCAACGACGCUCUCUCUCCGGUCUCUCCCACACACAUAGUCAAUCAUUCAGUCAGUCAUCAACACAACAACAGUUUCCUCCGCAAUAGAGAGACCUCCGAAUCCUCCGAGAGAGGCGAACAGUUUUAAAAAAUCAUCACAAGUAUUUUUUUUGAUCAACCGAUUGAUCAACAAAAAUUAUCAUCGAAGUCGAUUAAUCCGGGUGAAAGUGAAGAAAAAGCGCAUCCGCAUUUCCGCCGCACGAAGUUCCGCACAACUCCGAAACUUUGAAACUAAACAAAAAUACGGACUCAGUAAUAAUGUUUGUGUGAAACUGCCCAAAGGAUUAUUGACUUUAUGUUUUCGUUCAAAUGCUGGGAUAUACUUCCUAUAGGGACUGGUCGCCAGCGGGCGCCACGGCCCAACAGCAACUGUCUGUCGUGACCACGGUGUGGGGUGUCACCACGUCCAGUCAGUCGGGACCGCACGGAGGGUUCGCGAACUCCGGCCCUGCGCCUCCACCACCAAAUUCCGGCUACAAACAAGCACCUAACAAUUACCAAACUGGUUACCGCCAGACCGGACCUGGAGUGGGAAAUUAUGGAGCGGCGGGCGGUGGAAUGAACGGCGCCGAGGGUGGCUACGGGGGCGGCAACGCUCUGUCAACUGCGGCGAUGGUAGCAGCAGCAACCGCGACAGCGACGGCCACCGCGAGUGUGGUCGCAUUGCAGGACAAUACUCAGUUUUCGAACCAGCAAUACAACCAAGCUUACCAGCAGCGAAUGAUGCCUAUGAACGGGAUGAAUCCUAUGAAUAACAUGAACAAUAUGGCAAAUAUGCCGAUGGGCAACAUGCACGGCAACAUGAUGCCCAACAUGGGCACGAAGAUGAUGCAAGGCCCAUCGAACAAUUCCAUGUACCCACGCCGAAUGGCCCCAUAUCCCUCCCCCUCGAUGCACAUGGCCCAGAAGAGGAGCUCUCAGUCUUACCCUACCGGCCCUUGCCCGACCAUGAAUCCAAGCUUUAAUCCUAACGGCCAGUACCCGGGCUACGGGGCCAGACAACCCACCUUCCAGAACCAGUAUCCCGCCCAACAGUCCAUCGGACCCACUGGGAACUUCGGCCCAGGCACCAUGGGUCCAGUCCGCGGGGGCUCAGGUCAGGUGCGCCAGAACACGCCGCCCUACUCCCAGCAAGGACAGUAUUUCCCCAACGGCUCGAUGGGCCAAUUCCACUCUGCAAGCGCCAGCCAAUAUAUGAAUACCAACAGUACCCCUCAAUACAAUAGCAGCCAGCAGUUCCAGCAGGAAGUCGGGAUGAGGAGCAACAUGAAUUACCAGCACAGUCCGAUACCAGGAAACCCAACGCCUCCGCUGACGCCUGCUAGCAGUAUGCCUCCCUACAUUAGCCCGAAUCCGGACGUUAAACCAAACUUUAACGAUCUGAAACCACCUAUACCAGUACAAAAAGAUGAUGAGUUAAGACUUACCUUCCCAGUGAGAGACGGAAUUAUUUUGCCGCCAUUUAGAUUAGAGCACAAUUUAGCCGUUAGUAACCAUGUGUUCCAACUGAAGCCGACGAUACAUCAAACGCUGAUGUAUCGUUCCGACUUGGAACUUCAACUUAAGUGCUUCCAUCACGAGGACCGAGGGAUGAACACCAAUUGGCCGGCUUCCGUACAGGUCUCCGUCAACGCUACGCCCUUGGUCAUCGAGCGAGGUGGCGACAAAAUAACACACAAACCACUCUACCUAAAGGACGUCUGCCAACCGGGACGCAACACCAUUCAAAUCACAGUCUCGGCCUGUUGUUGUUCGCAUCUUUUCGUAUUGCAAUUGGUGCACAGGCCUAGCGUACGCUCCGUUUUACAAGGUCUACUUAAGAAACGGUUGCUCACCGCUGAUCAAUGCAUUGCGAAGAUCAAAAGGAACUUCAACAACACCAAUUCUGGUCCUGAUCGGGACACAGUUGAGCAGACUGCUCUGAAGGUAUCUCUGAAGUGUCCGAUCACAUUCAGAAGGAUCACGCUACCAGCGCGGGGACACGAAUGCAAGCACAUACAGUGCUUCGACCUAGAAUCAUACCUCCAGCUUAACUGCGAGCGAGGGACCUGGAGGUGUCCGGUCUGCAACAAAGCGGCGCAAUUGGAGGGAUUAGAAGUUGACCAGUACAUGUGGGGCAUCCUAAAUACGCUGAGCAGUUCAGAGGUGGACGAAGUCACCAUAGAUAGUGCAGCCAAUUGGAAGGCGGCUAAAUCUGUCGGCGCCAACAUAAAGAUGGAGAACGAGGAUAAUGACUCUUGCGGCGCGAAGCGAAUGAACAAGGCGAUGUCGCCAGGUAGCAUGACCCUGCCGACACUGAACAAUUGGGAUAUGAACCAGGCGAUGUCGCCGUACAUGACGCCUGACAUGAACAGCAUCUCCAGUGGAUCCAUGAUGAAUAACGGCCCUCCGACCUACAACAAUUCGCGAGGCAACAGCCAAGGCGGUUACGACUUCAAUUCCUCCUCGAACGGUGCCACCAGCAACGACUACACCGCUGGAAACGGACCUCUCUCCCACCUCAGCGAAUCCGUGAACAAUCUAGAUCCUCUUAAUGCCAUGGAAAAGAGUUUGAAUGACCAGAUGCCUCACACCCCACACACACCGCACACGCCGCAUACUCCACACACGCCGGGAUCGGCCCACACCCCUGGGGGCGGCACCGGACCACCAAGCGUACCACCGCCCUCCAACGACAACAACCAUCAUCACAAUAACAGCUCGAAUUCCGAUGUGCCGGAAAUCCCAUCCGACCUUCAUUUUGAUCCUGCCGCCGUCAUUGAUGGGGAAGGAACGGGACAAGAAGCUCUUAAUUUGCUUCCUGACAGUGUGGACCCCAUGGAACUGCUGUCCUACUUGGAUCCUCCGGAUCUAAACACGCCGCCGUCGAGCGGAAGCAGUUCUGGACCAACAAACACUUCCACAAGUGACGACAUCCUAGCGCUGUUUGAGUAAGCAGAGUUCCUCGGCUCAACUGUGUUCACAAUUCAAAUUUUUUUAUUUAAAUGUAAAGCGUGAACAAGUGAGUGAACAAAGUGUGAUAGAACAAUCUAACGUGUUAAUUAUUGAAAAAGGUCUAAAUCAAACUAUUUUCAUUGUAUUAUUUGUACAUACCUACUUAAAGAAAGA